AUUUAUGAAAUGAAAAUAACGAAGUGCGUUACUUGAAGUUACAAAACAAUGAGUGGAGUGGAAUCUAUUCGAUCUCUUGUAUUUCUUGACGCUGAUAUCCGAAGACUUCUUUACGACUCAAAAUCUAUCCUUAGACCAGAAUCUAUUUCUUCAACAUCUUCCAAAAAUGCUACUAAAUCAUCAUUUUUCACAAAAUCGUUUGAAAGAAGAACGUCAUCAUCUUCGAUCGAUUUAUUCGGUCGUAGCUCAAAUAAACCACUAUCCAAGACAGCUCAAGUUCAAGCAAUAAAUAAAGCAGAGAGUCAAAAAGUAACUCAAAAAAUCUUCAAACCGCAGCCAGAUACAAAACAAAUUUGUGAGAUGAUUUUUGGGUCCAUGAAUAUGGUGUAUCAUGGAUGCACUCUGAAGAUUCACCCAGACGUGAAAACAUCAGUCGGAGGUUCCUGCAACUACAUCAUGAUUUCUUACUUAUCUCAAUUUGAUCCUAGUGCCUCGAGGUAUAGGUCUGACGCCAUGCGAAAUGGUGACGAUGAUGAAAUGAAUUCGGGUUUAGACGUCUCCCGCUCUGCAUCUUUCGACGUUGUGGGCGACUCGGAAACCGAAUUUCAAUGUUUGCCGAUUCCUCUUUCAAGUCUCUACAUGCACCACGACCCUUGGGCCAAUAUGAGCAUAUAUGGAAGUUCAUGUCCCGUAGGUUCCUUGGGGAACUCGUCGGAUACCCUGAACAUGCCAAUUAGUUCUAACCAUUCUGUUGUCAGCAGUCACGUGUCUUCAGUUUCAAGGCAGAAAUGGCAAGCUACCGUUUCGCCUUUCUACUCAACGUUUCAUGACAUGUCUGACCUUUCCAUGUUCAACUUCUCAUCAACUCAGAGGUCAAAAGCGAAGUUGGGACUCGCAAUUCUGUUCCCGUGUACAACUUUCCAUACCGCAGAAUGGAUUCAUUCGCACAUUGCAAUAAUAGAAGGAUUCGUGGAUUCGUUCAAAUCGGAAGUGGAAAGAGCCUUUUUCCAGAAAGACAUGUUCUACGAGCUGGUCAACGAAGCAACUCUGCAAGCACGAAGCCGCUUCACACAACUUAUCAGAACGGUGGUUCCUGAGUCAAAUCGCCCCGAACCCUCUGUGUGGCUAGGAAUUGUGAACAAAAACUCAAGAAUAGAAUCAAUCAAGCAUUUCACAACUUGCUUGAGUCGUCUAUCUAAUAAAGAGGUCAAAUUUCUCUCCCUUUGUGUGACUAUUUUGCUGACCUUUCACCUUUCUUGGGUACAUAUUGUGGGUGAUGUUUCGGCCAAAAGUGACUGGAAGGAGUUGGUAGGUGAAGGUAGUUUGACCCGUGUUAACAAAAUGUGGGCUCAGCUGUGCGACUUGUUCGGAAUUGCUAUGAACCCUCCAACGUGCAAUAAAAUUGUGGUGCAUGGAAAAAAUCACACGGCAGUUCGAAAAUAUUUGACCUUAAUUUCUUACUUUAUUCGGCCAAAUAUGUUGCAGAAACAUUACGUGCGAGUUCCGCCAUUGCAAAAAGCGAACAGCAGGGUUCCAAGAACAGCUAAGGAAGAUCUCAAACAGUUCAUUACGCCAUCUAUAAGGGCUGUCAAAGAAUGGUCAUUCUCCGACCAAGAAAAAAGCGAUGCGGCAACCGACUUAUUUGUUGAGAUAGGAUUGGUCGACGUCACCAGCUGUGAUGAAAAACUCGUUAAUCGUGAUCAAAAAAGUGAAGUAGCUUCAACGAUUGCGAAACGAAAAUACUUAACGAGCUCGAUGACAGAAUGUGAAUCAGAAAGUUCAGCGAGCACUAUCAAGCAAGCAAGUCAUCAAAGCAGUAAGUCGGCAAACAACGACGCAUCAAGCAACACGCCGAGCUCAGGCUCAAAAGAAAAACCACUAACUGCGAUUGCAAAUAGUGAUGACAUAAAUACAUGUUUAAGAGUACCUGUGAAAAGUUCCCCUUUGAGCAUCGUUGCUUCCAUGCCUGCAAAUUUAAGGUCCAAAAAGGUUGUCGAAGAAUGGAUGGAAAACUCAGUGAGUGAUCAGCCGGUUGGCUCAAAAAUUCAAAUUAAGGCCACUUCUCGCAAAAAAUGCUUUAGUGAAACGGGGACUUGUCAUUGGCGUAAAGAGGAAACGGAAAAUUCUGCGCAACUUCCGAUAAAAUUGAUACCUUCAAGUGUAACUGCGGGGUCUCUCGACGAGAACCGAGAGUUCUCGGAUACUGUCGGUCGAAUGGACGACGAGACGUACGAUGACUUUGGAGACGGAGAGAUGAGUCUGUCUUUCCAGGGCACAGUAAACGUCGGGAGUCUGCAGGAUUCUGGUUUUGCCGACGUUAGUUCAAAGGGUAAACAGGUGACUGUUCUCGAUAGUCGAUCGAAUGACACAUCGGCUAGAUCGAUGUCAUCGGUUAGCACAACCUCGGCGCACAUAACGAGUAGUAACGAGAUGUUAUCUGAGGUUUCGGAGGAGCAGAGUCGUGGAAGGAGUUAUAAAGAAGUGAAUCUUAUAGAGAGCGAGUAUCUGUGCGCGCCAACGGUAUAUCCAUGCACUAGACGUUCAGCUUCCGUUGCUCAUUCUUUGCAAGGUGCUAUAUCGAACUGUUUCUCUCAAGAUGCAAUGCUUCAGGGACUAAUUGGUGAACCGAAAUCAUGUUUGGACAAAGUUACAAAGGCGUCCAAAACUUACUUUAUUGUGGACUCCAGACCUAAUAUUUUGUGUGUUGAUGUUGACAAAUUGUGGCUGAGAGUUCUGGACAACAAAGGCGAUCGAAUGGAGACGAUUGGUUAUGAAAUGACUUCAAAAACAGUUGACGACACUUUGACUAAUGCGUACAAUCUACUGAAUAUGGGUAUGCAUACAUACUGCUGCGCAAAUUUAAUUGAUAGAGGAUUACAUUUGAUUGUGAGUAAAAGUGUAGCAUUGACGUCCCAACUUUUGGACCAACCGGACCCGAAGAAUGUUCUGGAGCAAAUCGGAAUCGACCAUUCGGAUUUGAAGUUACUAACUGCUGUUGCAUCAUGUAUCCGCCAUGUGAACUCACAGGAAUGAUUUAACUUAAAAAAAAGACUAAUCUAUUCCUGUGAAUUAUUUGCAGGUUUUUGAUAUGUUGAAAUUUAAUUGCUAUGAUGAGAUUUUAUGAAAAGUUAUGUAUAAAUUAUGAUAUUUAAGCUUAAUGAUCUA